GACUGCGGACACGGUACAGGAGAUGACCGGAGACUGCGGACACGGUACAGGAGAUGACCGGAGACUGCGGACACGGUACAGGAGAUGACCGGAGACUGCGGACACGGUACAGGAGAUGACCGGAGACUGCGGACACGGUACAGGAGAUGACCGGAGACUGCGGACACGGUACAGGAGAUGACCGGAGACUGCGGACACGGUACAGGAGAUGACCGGAGACUGCGGACACAGUACAGGGGAUGACCAGAGACUGCGGACAUAAUGCUGGAAAACGUCUGAUUGACACUCCGGAUGGAGCAGCCCAGACAGAACCGGCAGAGAGUGGAGAAAAUACCAGAAAAGGAGACGAGUGCGCCACCUGCUGUCUGAAAAUGAGAACACAAAACAAUCAGAUCCACCAGCAAGGAAUCUGUUAUUGAAAAGGAAAACAUCUCUCCAAACACAACACAG